AUGUCGGUUUCCUCCGGGGCAACUCCCGCCCAUCCGGUUCAACUCAACAACCCUCUGCAACCGCCAUCUGCCACCAACGACGGCGACAAAACUCACCCUCGAAUGCAAGAUUCUGACCCUUUGCAGGUGGACAUGAACGCCACCUCGUCGAACACAGAGAGUGCUUUGCCACCUCAAGAGCCCCCUAUUUCAGAGCUCACCGACUCAUCUCUCGCAAAGGACAUCGUAAAGGACGAGAUCGCCCCCGUCGUCGACGAACUCAUCGAACAAGUCUCCCAGGCCACAGUGAAAGCGGCCCUGGACAGUGACGUUGUUCCGAACGACGAAGACGUCCCGACCUCGGCCCCGUCGUUGGUCUCUGACGCGUCGAUUUUAGACGUGUCAACUCGGAUUAACGGCGACGAGCCCGCAUCAUCCACAGAGACCCAGAUGGAGUCCACCGACACGAUCGGCGCAGAGACGACAUCGCCUGUCGUCGAAUCCACCGCUGUUGCCAGCGAUUAUGCCGAAGUACCCACAGCGACUUCGACACUUCCCAGCGACAUCGUCACUCCUUCGACACAACCGUCUUCGGAAGAGAAGGAUAAUGAAGGCUCUACCGGAGCCGAAGUCGCGUCUGAGCUGGAUCCUACCGUAAAGCCGAACGAGGGUGCCAAUGACCUCGCUAUUCCCGAUGAGACUUCAUUCAAACCAUCGGUGGAAGACAUAAUAACCGAGGAAAACACAACUCCUGUGGCUGACGCUACACCAGUGGAGAAGGCUGAGGCUGUUAUUGUGCCGGACCCCGAGGAGGCAGCCGAACCCGCUCUUACCACCGAAGGAUCCCAAACAGUCGUCGAAAGCACUCCUAUGCCAGCCGCCGUUGUUGUCCAGGUCGAUGACGCCGCCAACCCCGUCGUAGAGGAAGUAGUCGAAAGCAAAGCUGAAGAUUUCAGCAGUGACCAAGCUGUUGUCGAACCGCUUGUCGAAGAAACCAAGCCCGAAGAGGUGAACGAGCCUGCCCCCGAGAUCCUUCCAGCUGUAGUUGAGCCCGAUACCCAACCCGUUCUCGCUGAAGAAAGCACGACUCAACCAGAGAAUACCGACCAAGCUCCUACCUCCAACCCAACCCCCGCCGGCGACGAUGCUUCCCUUCAGCCAUCCGAAGACUCUACAGUCAGCGCGCCACCAACUGCAUCGACCCACGAGGACGCGGAUGCUCCUGCUCCGCAAGGGGGUGACGCGACCGCGCCUUCUGAGGAUGCAGUUGAAGCCGUGAAAGAGCCCGAGAUCACGCAAGAAGACGCUCCCAUCGCCCAAGCAAGUUCUGAUGUCGUCGCCACCGCAGAGGACUCCCCAGCUGAGGAGGUCGUCGACGUCCCUGCUCCUGUCGAGACAGCCGUCAACGAACCUGCCGUUGAAGAGCCUGCCAGCACGGAAACAGCAGCAACAGUCGAAGAGGAACCUCAACCCACCGCCUCGGAUGCUGCUCCUAUCGUCGAAAGCGAGCUUCCUGUUGUUGAUUCUGCCACUGAAGUCGAGGCUGUAGAAGUGGAACCAAGUAACGAAGUCGAAGUUGUGGAAUCCCAAGAAGCUCCAGUCAAGACUGAAAUAAUCGUCACCGAUAAUUCAGGAGCUCCUAUCGCCUCCGAACCUGAAGGUUCCCUUGUUGCAUCGGCCGUUGAAGACUCGACCGAGGAACCAUCUGCGCCAGUCGAGGAUGUCAAGGUUGUUGAAGAACCCCCGCAUCCUGAAAUGCUAGAGGAAUCUCAGGAGCCUACGCCCGAGGUCGAGAAGCCUACCGCCCUCGAGAACACUGUUGUGAUCGAAGAGCCAGCAAUCGAGGAACCGGUUACUGCUGAAGAACCCCAUGUCGCGGCUGUGGAAGAGCUUCAAGCGUAUGUUGCUGCUGACCCCAAAGAGGCCGCACCCGGAUCUGAGGAAGCCCCCGCCGAAGUCACACCAACCGUAGAGGAGCCACAGCCGGAGGCAGCUACGGAAGCUCCCGUCGUUGUUUCUCAGCCCGUAGAAGAAGGGACUCAGCCUGCCACUGAGCCUUCACCAGCCAUCGUCGACGAAACCAUGGAACCUGCAGUCAUUGAGGAGGAUGCCUCCCCAGCAAUCGCCGCUGAGGAGACUACAUCAGAACCUGUCGAAGCCGAGUCUCCAUCGCAAGCCCAGGUUGUGGAGGAGCCUGAGUCCUCUGUUGAAGCACCUGCUGCUGUUGGGGAAAUGGCCGAGAGGCCCGUUGCCCUCGAAGGAACACAGGAAGGAAUUUCUGCCUCGGCUGAAGAGACCGGGAUCGAGCAGCCCGCAAUCGUGGAGGAGGCUCCUGCGGACGAGGCGAAGACGGAGGAACCUGCAGUUGUUGAGGAGGUCGAGGUUGUGGACUCUGAAUCUGCGAUGGAGCCCAAGCCCGAAGUGCCAGCUGCGCUCGAGGAGGUCAAGGCUGAAGAGCCCGCUGUCGUCGAGGAGGUCAAGGCUGAACAACCCGCUGUCGUCGAGGAGGUCAAGGCUGAACAGCCCGACGCUGUUGAGAACAACGAGGUCGAGGAAGCUGACAAUUCAGGCAUUGAAGCCGCACCUGUCGAGGAGUCCAUUGAACAGGCGAUCGUUGAAGCCCCUCCGACCGUUGAGGUCACCGGAAAGCCCGUCACAGAAAUACCAGCAGCCGUUGAAGAGGCACUGAGCGGGGAGCGUGCUGUUGCCAAGGAUGUACAAGGCGAAGAAGCCGCCGUCGUGGAAGACGCCAAGGAGUCGGUCGUUGAAGAAACUGUGGUCGUCGAGGAGCUCAAAGCAGAGAACCCAGUUGUCGAAGAUUCCCCUGCCGCCCAGGUAGUGGCCGAAGAGCCCGCUGCUGAGGCUGCUCCUACCACCGAGGAAGCCGGCGCAGCUGGGGAUGGUUCCUUGGUCAAGGAACCAGCGGAACAGUCUGGUGUCAUCGAAGAGAAGGCUGAACCCGCACUCGAUAGUCCCGCUUCGGUUGAGGGCGUAUCUGAGGAGCUCGCGACUGAGGCUGAGCCCAUUGUGGAAGCACCCGCAGAUGUCGAGGAGUCAGCUGUGGAGGUCUCGGCAAUCGCAGAACGAGUUGCAGGGGCUGAGGCGAUUGCUGUCGAAGACGCAGGGAACGCUGAAGCCGUCGAGGAAGAUAUUGUUCGACCUCACCACGUCGCUACCGACACAGAAAGCUCAGCCGAGUCUUUCGCAGAGCCGAUCACCCCUGCUAUCACUGUUGAGGAACUCGGUAACCAGACAGAAGUCACUGUAGAGGACAAAUCGGUUGAGAACGUUGCUCCCGCCGUCGAGCGCCCCAAGUCACCGUAUCCACCCGCCUUCGAAGUCACUACGCUGGGCCGUGGUGUUUCAGUGCAAGAAGAAGAGGAGGAGGAGAAGGAGGAGAAGGAAGCGGCCCCUGUCGAGGAAACCCCUGCUGUUGCUCCAAUUCCUGUCGUGAUUGCCACGGAGUCGGAUGGUGCCUCCACUGAGGUCAUUAACCAGGACGAACGUGAAGCACCCCCCAGCCGACCUUGGACACCUUCUUAUUCUGUUCACUCCCAGGGAAGUCCCAUGCUUCAUCCUCAAGAAGAACCGGCGGUCGCCCCAGAACAAGCAUCCGAACAGUCCCCAGAGGUCUCGGAGGUGGCCACCUCUGCUAUCCCCGACAUCCAGACCAACCUUGCACCUGCUGCACCCGAGGAGGCGCCAGCUGCCAAAGACAUCGAGACCGAAGCCAAGGACGAAGACGCCGUGCAAGAAGCUACCCCUGCCGUCGCCCCUGAACAAGCGGAGUCAGAGCCCUCGGUCCCUGUAACAGAGGAGAAAGCUGCUGAAGAAUCACAGGUGAUGACAGUAGUGUCUGCCGUAGAGGAAUCUCUCCCAGCAGCUGAGAGGUCUGCGCCCGUGGUCGAGCUUGUGGAAGAAACGUCUGAAGCUGAGGCUUCUGAAGAGCCUGUUUCGACUGCCACUGACCCCGUCGUUGCCGCCGACGAAAAGCUUGCGUUGUCGCCCAAACCUUCCCAGACCAACCUAUGGGUUCCUUCAUACUCCGUCAGCAGGCAAGGGAGCCCUGUCUCCACCCCCAAGGUUGAGCUUGAGGGUGAUUCAUUCCCCUUGGAAGAAGCCAAGCCCUUGGAUGCUACUUCUGAGCCUAGGACCAAGGAGGCUGACGCCCCCAGUGCGCCAGAGUCUGAGACGGUCGAGGAUGGUGAAGCCGCUGAAAAGCCCUCGACCCCAUGGACCCCAAGCUACUCUGUUACGACUCUCAAUGGCCAAGAAGUUACCCAGUCUACCGACGCCUUCCAACGGUUCACUGAUCUCAAUGCAUCUGAGGCUGAGGAGAAGGGCGAAGAGCCGUCUGCUCAAAGCGCACCACUGGAGGUGAAGGCUGAAGUGGGAACUUCUGUCGCAAGCAGCGAAGAAGCUGUUCCAUCCUCAGCCACCCCGACUCAAGAAGCAUUCAAAGUCGAGCCCAUUUCCACGGAAGGCGUACAAGAGCGCUCCCUCCCGACCUCUACCGACAACGAAGAAGCCAAAUCGUCUGUUUCCCCUCUUUCCGUCACUUCGAUCACGAAUGGUGCCUCACCGCUUAUCUUACCUGACAUCUCUGCAGGACGAAAGCGACUGGAAUCUUCCGCUUCCUCCAAAUUCUUCCCCGGUGGAUGGUUCAGCGCCGCGUCAAAGAUCCCUGAUGAAAGUCGGGCAUCGCUUGAGAACGCCACAGGCGAAUUCAUCCCCAACAAAUCACCCACCUCUCCUACUGAAGCAUCUGCCGUCCUUCCUCCCAUCUCAACUGACGUCUCGAUACCGACUACGGAGGCUGGGGAAGAUUCUGCAUCGUCUGCGACUGCACACAAGAAGAAGUGGUGUGUUAUUAUGUAAAAAAUAUCCUUCGUUUCAUUGGAAAGUAUCCUUCAAGCAAUCUUUUUACUCUACACUCCUGGGCCUUACCUUUCAAUUCAUUGCUCACGACUAUUCAUGACGACCAUUUAUCUUUAUCUUCUCGAUUAUGCAUACCGCCUUACCCAUUUUUCUACCGCUAUUGGAACUUUAGUAACGUUUUGAUUCUCUCUUGCACCUUGUUUUGCAAUGGAAUUUACCCAAUCAUAAUCAUGUCCACUCCUUUUUAGUAGCUCAA